AUGGCGGACGAAACCGUUUUCUCGCCGGCCAAUGGGGCGAUCGUAUAUGGUGAGCCAGCAGAUGCAGCAUCUGUUGCGACAGGACCCACUGGCAACAAUCGAUUCGAACUUAUUUCGGGCCCGCUGAUCAACUUGAAGGGUAUGGACUAUGGGCAGUCGCCAGUAUGGAACGGUAGUGUGCUGGUUGUGACCAGGCCUGGCCAGGCACAGCCCCAGCUGCAAUUGCGCCAGUUGGGACCUGUUGCGUCACAGGGAGAAUUUCAGUCACACGCUCAAAUCAACCAGACUGUUGACGGUCUAAAGCUAUACGAAGACCCAUUAAAGGCAUUCUGGAGAUUUUCUUUGACCGUUCCAGUCGAAUCUUACGAGGCCAGCUGGGAAUAUGAUAUUCCGGGUCUGUACAAUGAGUCUGGGCAGGUGAAUGCUCCAUGGACAUUCGUUGUUCCUGCGGAAGAGCAGUCCAUGCGCAUUAUGUUCCAUUCCUGUAAUGGAUUCUCCGUAGGCACCGACUUGAAUGCUUGGCUUGGGCCGAAUUUGUGGAAUGAUGUCUUGCGCGUUCAUAGCGAGAAGCCCUUCCACGUCAUGGUUGGCGGUGGUGAUCAGAUCUAUAACGACGGUAUCCGUGUAGAUGGACCCCUUAAGGCCUGGACCUCGAUUGGAAACCCGCACAAGCGCCGUAACUACGACUUCGAUAAUCAGAUGCGCGCGGAUUGCGACGACUACUACUAUGCCAACUAUGUUCGGUGGUAUAACACCGAGCCAUUCCGUGCCGCCAAUGGCCGUAUUCCCCAGGUCAAUAUCUGGGAUGAUCACGACAUCAUCGACGGAUUUGGCUCUUACACUGAUCAUUUCAUGAAGUGUGCUGUUUUCCGUGGCAUUGGCGGUGUUGCCUUUAAGUACUACUGCUUAUUCCAGCACCACAUCGCCCCACCGAAGUCGACUUUUACCACCGAUGCUCCACAAACUAUGCAUGCGAUCAAUGGGACUGCCGGUGCCGAUCCACGCCAGCUAGAGAACACUUUUGUCCUCGACAACCAAGUGGAGGAUGCAAGCUGGAUCAUUGGCAAGCGGCCCGGCCCUUAUGUGGAAGAGCGCAGUCGCAGUCUGUACAUGCGAUUCGGAAAGCGUAUUGCCUUUGUCGGUUUGGACGCUCGUACGGAGCGUACCCGGCACCAGGUCAACUACCCCGACACCUACGAUCUGAUUUUCUCGCGACUGGAGAGCGAGAUUGAGGCAGCCAAUGGCGAGAUUAAGCAUCUAGUCGUUCUACUGGGUGUUCCAAUUGCCUACCCGCGUCUCGCAUGGCUCGAGAACAUUCUUCAAUCUCCAAUCAUUGCUCCAAUCCGUCUCUUGAACAAGCGUUUCGGUAUUGCCGGAGGGCUGUUCAAUGAAUUUGAUGGCCAGGUCGAUUUGCUUGACGAUCUGGACGACCACUACACCGCCCGCCAACACAAGCACGAACGUAGGGAACUCAUCCAGCGUCUUCAGGAAUUGGGUCGUGCCAACUCAGUUCGAGUGACCAUUCUGGGUGGCGAUGUCCAUCUGGCAGCCGUGGGUCGCUUCUACUCGAGCCCCAAGCUGAACCUGUCUGGUGAGAACGACCAUCGCUUCAUUGUGAACGUGGUCAGCAGUGCCAUCACCAACAAGCCUCCGCCCAAGGCCGUGGCCAACCUUUUGGCCCGCCGAAAUAAGAUUCAUCACCUGGAUCAUAGCACCGACGAGACACUAAUGCCCUUCUUUGAUAAGCAACCCGGUGGAAUAGAAAAGAGCGCUGCAUUUAACAAGGUGACCAUGCCAUCCCGCAAUUUUGCCAUCCUGACCGAGGCCAUUGCGCCGGUCGCUACUAGUGCCGAGGGCCUCGAGACUGCUAAGCUCGACAAGCUCCCCAAGGAUGGCCAUGCACCCCUGCACAAGGGCGAGGUUGCAGCCGGAACGACCCAUAGUGCGGCAGAUGGUAUCAACACUAGUACCAUGUACGGUGGCCUAGACGUGGCCAUCCGCGUUGAAAUUGAUCCUCAGAACCGACAGGGAGCCACAGAAGGCUAUGGAUUUAGCAUUCCCCCUCUCAUCGCCACUGAGGGUCCUCUCCCCUCCAGUCACAGUAUGCGCUCGCGCUUUUCUCGCCAUGAAGAACGGCCGGGACGCCCGUCUACUGCUCUCUAA